GCGAACUAUUCAGCGGCGAAUGCAUGUCUGGAUGCCCUUGCAUCUUGGCGUCGCUCGAACGGUUUGUGUGGUCAGAGCAUUCAGUGGGGGCCGUGGAUCGAGCAGGGAAUGGCAGCUGGGCUAAAAUCUCUACUGGAGAAAGCCGGUAUGAGAGGAAUUACGGAUGAUUUGGGUGUUCGGGUUUUGCAAGACAUCUUGCGGCAUGGAGAUCGUUAUUGCGUUUUGAUGAGCCAAUCAUUCAGGUGGCGGAACUUCUUGAUGAGAUACGACAGAGUGCCUGCAUUGCUGAAGAACGCCACACGUGACUUCCAAAUGGCGUCACCGUCGCUUCCAAUUUUGAGCUCGAUGAAUUCUCAAGAGCGGCAUGCAUUUGUCGAAAAGAAAGUCGUAGAACUUGUAAUGGCGUCCCUUGGACUAUCGACGCCCCCGGCGAUGGAUCAGCCUCUGCACGAGUUGGGAAUUGAUUCCAUUGGUGCUGUAGAGCUUAGAAAUUCUCUUUCAAGCACCUUAGGAAUUAAGCUUCCGGCGACAGCAAUGUUUGACUAUCCAACUGUAGGCGCAAUGAUUAAUUACGUGAACAGCAAGAUAGCCGAGCAGUCUUCUGGUCGUAGUCAUAUGGGGCCUCCUGCUGGUUUCGGAAAGGUUUUGCAAACGGAGAGGCGGGUGAGUACAAUUGCAAUCGUCAGUGCGGCUUGCCACAUGCCCGGUGGAGCAACAACCACAGCUAGCUUCUGGGACAUGUUGCAAGCAGGCACAGACUGCAUGGAUGAAAUUCCUCUUGACAGGUGGAAUAUGUUUGCAUAUUAUGACCGGGACCCCGAUAGACCUGACACCACGUACGCCAAGCUAGGAGCGGUUGUUGAACGCGCGUUUUACUUCGACAACGCGCUGUUCAACAUCAGCAAUAUCGAGGCGCAGGUGAUGGAUCCUCAGCAGCGCCUCAUGAUGGAGGUGGCGUAUGAGGCCAUUUGGUCUGCUGGAUUUGAGAAGACAGAUCUCGUUGAUCAGGAAAUCGGCUGCUUCAUUGGGUGCUGCAAUUCCGACUGGCACAUGCUUGACGUCCCGACGGGUUCCUUCACAGGAACGGGCGGCGCGCCAUCAAUUAUUUCAAACAGGGUUUCCUACAUGUUUGGCCUGAAGGGCCCCUCGCUGACGGUUGACACUGCUUGUUCAUCGUCCCUUGUUGCCCUUGACAGUGCGACAGCCAAGCUUGCUGAAGGUAGCUGCAAAGGUGCCCUGGUUGGAGGCGUGAACAUCAUGCUGUCACCGAAUUUGUUCAUUUGCUUUGCAAAAGCCCGUAUGAUUUCCCCAGACUGCCGUUGCCGGUCGUUUGACCAGCGAGCGAACGGAUACGCCAGGGGGGAGGGCGCUGGCAUGGUCUUCUUGCGUCCAUUAGAAGAUGCCCUGAAGGAUGGAAAUUCCAUCCUUGCCAUUCUAAAAGGCUCCGCAGUCAACCACGGAGGCAGAAGUGCAAGUCUGACAGCCCCCAGCGGCCCAGCCCAACAAGCUGUCAUCCGUGCGUGUUUGAGUCAAGCAGGCGUUCAACCCCAUGAAGUAACAAUUUUGGAAGCUCAUGGCACAGGGACGUCGCUGGGCGACCCGAUCGAGAUGGGUGCUGUGCGUGCUGUCUACGGAUCUGGGAGAGUAGCGGAAUUGCCACUGUUCGUGGGCGCUCUCAAGACCAACAUAGGGCAUUUGGAGGGAGCCGCAGGAAUAGCCGCUCUGAUUAAACUCAUGCUGUGUCUUCGACACCGUGAGAUCCCGCCUAACCUACACUUUGAAAAACUGAACUCGUACAUUGAGCUAGAAGAUAUGCCCGUCGUUUUUCCGAAGUCUUCCAUGGGACUGACAGGAAGCACAAAGCUGCUGGGAGCCGUCAGUUCUUUUGGUUUUGGCGGUGCAAAUGCGCACGCCGUCCUUGAAGAGUAUGUUCAGCCAGAGACACCAGCGCGACGAAGGGAUCCCAUAGUAUGGAAUCGUAAAAAGUUUUCUCAACGCGAAACUUUGCAUCCGCAUGUUGCUCGGGUUCAAAAGGGGGACGCUGGCGAUUUCGUUUAUGAAGGCGAGGUUAGAAAAGAACACUUUGAAAUAAUGGCCCAGCACAUGCUGCACGAGCGGCCUGUGAUGCCAGGUGCCUUAUAUUUGGAGACUGUGGCUGCUGCUGUUAGCUGCAAUAACGGCAAGCCCGCGGGAUCUAUCUGCCCGGUUGAGGUUGAUCACAAGAAGACAGUGAUACUGGAAGAAGUUGAGUUUCAGCGCCCCCUGCUUUUGGAAAAGCCCGUCACAGAUGGCCUGCAUGACACGCAGAGGCUGUUUGUUACACUUGCUCCCAAUGGGCAAGUAACGCUUUCCAGCUCAAAAGGCGAAGAAGACGAAACUGUCGUUCACGUGUCGUGCCGCUAUCUCAGAGAUGGAACCCAAGGGAAGGGGAAAACGGCUGCUGCAGAGCUGCUAAAAGCAUUCGAUCAAGAAAAGAAUCGUCAUGUGGUGGAUGUAGAGCAAAUGUAUCAGCGGAUCAAAGACAACGGACUUGACCUAGGACCUAAGUUCCGGGUGGUACAGGCCAUGGAAUGCGGAGCUUCGAGUGCAAAGCUACGUCUCAACCUUCCUGGUCCCAUUACUACUGGCGAGACUGGUUAUCGUCUUCACCCUUGUGUGCUUGACGGGACUUUCCAAACGGUGGGGGCGUUAGUUUUGUCGCACGAUCUUGCAGCGGCAAAGAAGGAAUCCCUGCAACCCCGGCCCUUUAGGCUGAUGAUUCCAUUUAUGAUACAGCAAGUGGCCAUGGGUUCUAUGAAUGGCGUGGAUAAGGUUCUUCUCGCUCAUGUGGCACUGGUGAAACGCGACGCAAGCCAAGCAGUGAUGAACAUCGAAAUAAUGACCGAAGACGGGGAUUGGGUUGCAAGUGUCACCCAUCUUACAAUGAGAACUGUGGAUCCGGUACCAGCAGCUGAAGUCCCGCGAGAAUUGCUGUGGCGCUCCCAGUGGCAAAAGUUAAAAUCCCUUCCUGACGAAAUUCCCAAAGAUGCAAAGCUGGAUCUUGUUGUAAUCGAUUUCCGGGAAAAGAAGGAUGAUACGUUUACUGCAGUUGAAGAAUUAAUCAAACCAUCCAAGUGUACAGUGUUGGGCAAUCCUUCAGUAGAAGAACUUGCACCGAUCCUCGUCACAGCGAAAGACGCGUUGACAGAGGCGCCGCAGGUUAUUGUUGUCGCGGCAACUACGUCAGAGGCACAUGAAACUUCGAUUGUAGUCGGCCUGACAGUUAUUUGUAAAGCGGCUCACAAAGCCAUUAUGGCUGAUAAAGCAGCUGUUCUCAAGCCCAUCUGGAUUAUAACGAAAGGCGUUUACACAACAAGAAAAGAAAAUGACGGAUGCUCUCAAGCGGGAGCUUGGGGCUUCGCACGUGCGGUGCGUUUAGAAACUGCUGCUCAACUGGGCAGGCUCAUUCCGCUGGGGUGCGUGGACAUUGAUGAUGCGGCACACUUGCCACUAGUUGUGCAUGCGUUGGCUGGAAUCCAAGACACGAAACCGUACGAGCCUGAGCUCCUUUUGUGUCAAAAGUUAGGGGAGGGAAUGGGUGAUGAAGAUGCUUCUAUCGAGAACAGCGUGGAACCAGCGCCAGAGUCGAAGGCUGAAUCGCUUUCCCUCUUUGUGCAUCGGCUUGCAAAGCUGAAAAAGGGUGUCCGAGGGGCCAUAGAACUGCACCUUCCAGACAGGGGGGCCAUAGCAAACCUUGUUUUAAGAGCGCAGGCCAUCAGCUACAGGAAGCAGCCGAAGGGAAAUAUGGUGGAAGUUCGAGUGCGUGCUGUCGGUCUCAAUUUCCGUGACGUUCUCAAUGUCAUGGGGCUCUAUCCAGGGGACCCUGGGCCUCCAGGCUCUGACUGCGCUGGAAUUGUUGUUGCAACAGGCCCAGAUGUCAGGCGUUUGAAGGUUGGCGAUACUGUUUUUGGCAUUGUUCCUGGAUGCCUGAGGACGUUUGAGGUAACGAGCGAGGAUUUGCUGUGGAAACUCCCCGAUGGAUUAUCUUUUCCGGAGGCCGCAACCCUUCCAGUCGUUGUGUCAACCGUUCAGCACGCUCUCGGAGACAUUGCAAAAAUCAAAGAAGGCGACAAGGUUCUAGUGCAUGCGGUGUCUGGUGGAGUCGGACUUGUAGCUAUUCAGUAUUGUCAGCGCGUGGGAGCCGUCGUCUACGGUACCUGCGGUAGUGAGGCAAAGGCGAAGUAUGUAAAAGAGCUAGGAGUGCAAUAUGUGACCUCGAGUCGCAAGCCGGAAACCUUCAUAAAAGACAUGCAAGAAUUCCUCGGGGAUGAUGGAAAAGUUGACGUGGUGCUUAAUUCACUCCUCGAUCCGUUCAUAUCCGCUUCGCUCUCUUUCCUUUCGGAAAAUGGCAUCUUUAUUGAGCUCGGCAAACGCGGCAUUUGGACGCAUGACCAAAUGAAGGCAGCACGACCUGAUAUUCAUUACGAAACGGCGGCAGUGGAUCUUAUGAUUGAAGACAACCCUCGUUGGUUUGCUCUUCAGCUCCAACGCAUGACACAGGGGUUGGAGUGCGGGUCCCUAACGCCUAUUCCUGCAAGUGUCUUCGACAUGAGCGACCCCCAAGACGGAGGCGUUGCAGCGUUUCGCUUCCUCCAGAAAGCGCAGCACGUUGGCAAGGUAGUCCUCACGAUUCCAAGUGCGCUCUCACCAAAGGAACAUGCGGCCAGCAUCCAAAAGUCUUACGCCAUUACAGGCGGCCACGGAGCCUUGGGACUUGUUGUGUGCAAGAUGCUGGUAGAGGAGGGUGCCAGGCACAUUGCACUGCUCUCUCGAUCAGGCGAACCCGCUACUGAACUGAAGGAAGGAGAGAUUUGGCAGUACUUGCAGAGUGCGCAGCCUAACAUCCAAAUUGCCAACGUCAAAUGUGAUGUGAGCAAGAAGGAGGAU